UGGUUUUAAUCAAGACAAGCUAGGCAAGAAUUGAAAAUUCUAGUUCUUCCUUUCAUGUCGAACUUCCUCUUCCUUCUUCUACUGUGUGUCUCCUCUGUCUUCUUGUUACUUUCCCAAAUCCAAGCGGCCACUCUGCCCUCUGAUAUCAACGCAUUGAAAGCAUUCAAGGCCUCAAUUAAUCCCAAUUCCAUCCCUUCCUGGUCAUGUCUCGGUUCCUGGAACUUCUCCUUCGAUCCUUGCUCUCUCCCUCACCGCUCCUACUUCGUCUGCGGCAUUUCUUGCAGCCCCGAUUCCACCCGAGUUACCUCUCUCGUCGUGGACCCUGUCGGUUACUCUGGCACCCUUACCCCUCUCCUUUCCCAGCUCACCCAACUAACCCAACUCGAACUCUCCGACAAUUCCUUCUAUGGCACAAUCCCUUCCUCCAUCUUCUCCCUCACUAGCCUCGAGAUCCUGUCUUUGAGAUCCAAUUACUUCUCCGGUAACAUCCCUCCUUCCUUGACCAAUCUCACAUCUCUCCAGUCCCUGGACAUUUCCAACAAUGCCUUCACGGGAACACUCCCUGUAACCCUGAGCUCCCUCUCCAGCUUGACGUCAAUGGACCUCAGCUUCAAUAAGCUAACUGGUUCUCUACCCAAACUUCCCCCAAACCUGGUGCAGCUGGCUCUCAAGGCCAAUUCCUUAUCCGGGUCACUCUCACAAUCCUCGUUCGAAGGGUUAACCCAGCUGGAGGUGGUAGAACUCAGUGCCAACAGGUUGACCGGAGAUGUGCAAGGUUGGUUCUUCCUCCUACCGUCUCUGCAACAGGUCGAUCUGGCCAACAACAGCUUCACGAGUGUUGAGAUCUGGAAGCCAGGGAACGCGAAUAACAGCGAGCUAGUGGCAGUCGAUUUGGGGUUUAAUAAGCUUGAAGGAUACUUGCCCAUAAAUUUGGCGAGCUUUCCAAAGCUAUCGGCGGUUACGCUGAGGUAUAAUAGGUUCCGUGGUCCAAUUCCCUGGGAUUACUACAAGAAGGUGAGGGAUCAGAACCUAAGAAGACUGUUCCUGGACGGUAAUUUCUUGAAUGGGAAGCCACCAGCAGGGUUUUUUGUUGCAGGUGGGUCUGGGUCGUCGGUGGUGGGAAGCUUCGGGGAUAACUGCCUUGCAAGUUGUCCUGCUUCGUCUCAACUCUGCUUGCCUUCGCAGAAACCAACCUCUAUGUGCCGGCAAGUGUACGGUCACAAGCCCAGCCUUUAGUUUAGCUGACUACUUCAGUAAUCGACCAGUGGGUUAUUAUCUAAUUACUACUGCUUCAAUUAAGAUUGUAUAAUGAUUAAUAAAUAGAUUAGUAAUUAAUAUGAUUAU